GAAAACCUAACGCCACAAAACCCAAAACGGCGGCCACCAUUUCCACUCGUUCGCUCAUCGCUUCUUCGCUACUUUGCCGCCGACCACCGCCCAAUGGUUUGCUCACCAUCAAGUCUCUCACUAAAGCCUCUUACAACUAGCAAGAUCAUAUACGUUGCAGUUCAGCACCAUCUGAUCACUCUACACGCCGCCUCUCAACACCAACAUCAACCUAUACACCGCCCAUCGUUACCUUACAUCGCCACCAUCAACCAUUACGUCACCUCUGACUACGACCAUCACCAUCUAUACCGCCGAACGUCCUCGGUGUUUGUCCACAUCCGCGACGAUGACUAACAUAUAUUAUUUCUUCAAUUUAUCUGUUACGAGCCCUAAUAGGUUUUAUUGGUUGCAUCCCAAUCUGCUUAAUUUGCUGCCUUUUUCUCGAUCCUUUUCCCACACUAUUCAUCGAUAACUACAAAAAUCCUAAAAAAUUCCAAGAUUACGUUUAAUAGAAGGUACAAAAGUUUCGAUGAUCUAUUGUUCUUGAAGUUGAAGGCGUUGAAUAGCCAAAAAAGUCAACUGAAAUAGACCUAGGAAUACAACUAUUUCUAUUUGGUUGCAUCUGUUACCGAUCACUUCGUUAAUAAAAGAAGCUACGAAUUUUGAGAAAAUAACCAACAAGCAAAUCAAAUGCUUGACCCGAUGCAAGUCAAUUGUACCAAAUGUUUUGGGAAUGAUCAAAUAUUUGUUGAAAGUACAAGGCCACGUUGUAAGGUAUGUGUCCUUCAAUUAUUAUUCUUGAGGCUAUUGUGAGCCUUAGGAAGGUCUUUAGAUCACAAAAGAAGGAAGCCAUGGUACAAGGAUUUGAUUGCUUAUCAUGGGAAAAAAUUACUUCAAUGGGUACUAUCACAAUCAAAGAACCAACAGAGGAACCCUUGACACUAGUAUCAAAUAUGAAAUCACAUGACGACAAUGAACUUUAAAACUCAAAGAUGCGCAAAACAACUUUUAUAUCGAGUGAUAGCCUUCUCAUGAAGACAAGGAACAAUGCCAACAAAAUGAAAGCAUAGUUAUAUCUAGUUUUUGGUUUACGAUUUUUUUGCUUUCUUUACCAUAUUUUUAGACAUGUUAUUAGUAUAAUUUUUUUUUUCUAUUUUAGUUAUGGAUCUUAUGUACGAAUUUGC